AUGGAUGUUGAUAGCGAUAGCGAUAGUGAUAUUGAUAGUGAGAUUGAGACUAACUCGUAUGACGACAUGGACGCCUUAUUGAACGAUAGAUUUAGGGAUGUGGCACAAGCGGAAAGGAUAAAAGAAGGUAUGAAUGAAGAAGCAAAGAAAUUCUAUAACUUGGUUGAAGAGGCUAGCAAAGAACUAUACCCCGGUUGCAAGAGAUUUUUUACGUUGUCUUUCACCAUCCGAUUAUACUUGUUAAAGUGUCAACAUGGGUGGAGUAAUGCCUCUUUUACUUCUCUCUUAGAGUUGCUAAAAGAGGUUGUUCCUAACUUAAAUAUUCCUACUUCUUUCAAUAAAGCCAAAACUAUGGUGAGAGACUUAGGUCUUGACUAUAAGAAGAUUGACGCAUGCCCGAACGAUUGCAUGUUGUAUUGGAAAGAGCAUGAGAAUGACACAUCUUGUCAUGAAUGUGGCGCUUCUCGUUGGAUUGUGCAUCCUGUAGUUGAAGCUGAUGUUUUGCCUUCAAAAAAAUCUCACAAUGUUGCUGUGAAGACGUUGCAACACUUUCCCCUAAUUCCCAGGCUUCAAAGACUAUUCAUGUGCUCAGAAACAGCUAAAAGCAUGAGGUGGCAUGACGAAGAAUCCAGAAAAGAUGAGAAGUUAAGGCAUCCCGCUGACGGCCAGUCAUGGAAGGACUUUGACAAUUGUCAUACAAAUUUUACUCUCGAUCCUCGUAAUGUGAGACUUGGCUUGUCAAGUGACGGAUUCAAUCCAUAUCGAACCAUGAGCAUAUCUCAUAGCACGUGGCCUGUUGUUUUAAUGGCUUAUAAUUUGCCGCCAUGGAUGUCAAUGAAACAAGAAUACUUUAUGUUGUCGUUGUUAAUCCUUGGACCAAAGUUACCAAGAAAUGAUAUAGACAUUUACUUACAACCUUUGAUUGAGGAGUUAAAGGAGUUGUGGGAGGUCGGGGUGGAAACAUAUGAUGCGUCAAAAAAUGAAACCUUCCCAAUGUAUGCAGCUCUCCUGUGGACAAUAAGUGAUUUUUCGGCAUACGCAAUGCUAUCUGGUUGGAGUACAAAAGGGAAGCUAGCUUGCCCUUGUUGUAACCAUGGGACUUGUUCUAACUAUCUUACAUAUAGUCGCAAGAUGUGCUACAUGGGUCAUCGUGCCUUUUUGCCUGAGGAUCAUCCAUGGAGAGCUAACAAGAGAUCUUUCAAUGGAAAAGUAGAACAUAGGCAAGCUCAACCAUUAUUGUCGGGUACUAAAGCUUUAAGUCAGUUGGAGUAUGUGGAUAAUUCAUUUGGGAAACUAAAACCAAAGAAAGAUGGUCCAUGGAAGAAGAGGUCAAUAUUCUUUGAUUUACCUUAUUGGCAGUAUAACACAUCACGACACAAUCUAGAUGUGAUGCACAUAGAAAAGAACAUAGUUGAUAGUAUUCUUGGAACUCUCUUGGAUAUUUCUGGCAAGACAAAAGAUCACACAAAUGCUCGAUAUGACUUGCAAGAAAUGGGCAUUCGAAAGAACCUUCACCCCAAGAAAAUAAAUGCAAAGUUGCCAGAUGGCUCUGCUUCAAAUAUUUUUUGGUGUGUGAACCUUUUAGAGAGAAGAAUAUCUGGUUAUAAGACUCAUGAUGCUCAUUUCAUGCUUCACUAUUUGUUACAAAUUCCUAUCAAAGGAAUACUUCCAGAUCAAGUUGCAGUUCCUUUGAUUCGACUUGGCUCAUUUUUUCGUCAAUUGUGUCAAAAGUCUAUCACAUUACAAGAGAUAGAUCAAUUAGAAGAGGAUAUUAUCACAAUAUUAUGCCAAUUAGAGAGGAUCUUUCCUCCUUCUUUCUUCGACAUAAUGAUUCAUUUGCCUAUUCAUUUGGCUAAUGAAGUGAGAUUGGGAGGCCCAGUUCAAUUUCGGUGGAUGUAUCCUCCAGAAAGAUACAUGUGUACUUUGAAGUCCUAUGUUCGAAACAGAAGUCGUCCUGAAGGAUCUAUUGCAGAGGCAUAUUUGGUUGAAGAAUGUUUGACAUUUUACUCGCGUUACUUACAUUCUGGUGUUCAAACAAAAUUGAAUAGACAACCCAGAAAUAAUGAUGAACCUAAUAAUUCUAUGAUGGAAACUACAGAUGCAUUUUCGAAUCUAUUUCCAAAAAGAGGCGUUCCUUUGGGUGCAAAGAAAGGUGAACCUUUUCUCCUUGACGACAAUUCUCGAGAGCAAGUUCAUAGCUACAUAUUAUUGAAUUGUCACAAAAUAGACGACUAUGUUAGAUUUUACACUAGGCAACGUGAGGUAAGACGGAAGACACAAAAUAGUGGUGUUACUUUAGUUGCAUUGACGACAAGCUUUGCAAGCACAAAGGAUGCAAAUCCAAUUCAUGAAAAUGUUUCUUAUUAUGGUAGAGUGAAUGACAUCAUUGAGUUGGACUACUAUGGAAAUUUUAAGGUUACAUUGUUCAAAUGUGAUUGGUAUGAGGCUAGGGAGGAUGCUUAUAGCUCGACAUAUGUGCAUUUUAACAAAAAGUGCUAUCAGGAAGAGCCUUUUGUAUUGGCAUGUCAAGUGCACCAAUGCUUCUAUGUGCAAGAUGCAGUUGAUAAAAAUAAACAUUAUGUAAUGAAGACUGUUCCAAGGGACCUAUUUAGCAUAAGUGAUCAAGUUGACAUUGAUGCUGAAGAUACUUAUGAAAAUGAGCCAUUUGAUAAUUCGACGGUUCCUUCUAUACCUAAUGAUAAUGGUGAAGUAGACUCGGUAAGGAAUGAUUUGAAUGAAGUUCUCGUCGAUGUUGCAAAAGAAGUCUAUUUUUCCCAAGAGUAUAACACAGGAUCGGAUGAAGAAUAUGAUUCUGAAGACUUUUGA